UUGCCCUUCUUUUUUGUGGGGCGGGUCUUGUUGCGUAACUGCUUCCGGGUUAUCGAGUGCCCUUGAGUCCCCGGACGCGAGAUGGCGGUUCUCUUAAAGCUGGGUGUCCUCUGCAGUGGCCAGGGAGGCCGAGCUCUGUUGCUCCGAAACCGGGUGGUCAGACCUGCUUGUGUCUCAGCAUUUCUCCAGGACCAGCGCACCCCAGGAUGGCAUGGCACACAGCACAUUCACCUAUCACCAAGCCACCAUUGUGUGUUCUCUCUGCUUUAUAAACAAUUUUACUGUUUAUUUGUUAUUGAACAAUUUCAUUUAUUAUUUUAAAUGUAUGGGUAUUUG